GUGACAUAGACUUGCCUCACUUGAGCGAUUUUAACAGAGGCGGGCCGACAACAUUUAAGAGACCAUCCCUCCUGUUCGUCUAGCCAGAGGGCGCAUAACCCAGCAGCAGUCAUGUAUUGCGCACGUUGUCUGCUGAGAAGCACGCUCAUAAUUGAAAACUUAAUAGUUUUUUAGGGUUUUAAAUGACAACGUUUCUAUGGUUCCGUACAUCUGAGAAGAAGUGUGGACUGUCUGUGUGACUCAAGGAACUCAGAAAUGGAUUCUGUUUUCGACCACAUCCCCAGAAACCUCUCUCCUCCAUUUACUGCACUGUCAGCUCCAAGCCCUGAGGUGACCAACGACAGCUGCCGUUUCAAAGAGGAUUUCAAGUACAUCCUGUUGCCAGUGUCUUACGCGCUGGUCUUUGUGGUGGGCCUUUUGCUCAACUCCGUAGCCUUAUGGCUGUUCCUGGCGAAGAUGCGUCCCUGGAACACCAGUGCCGUGUACAUGUUCCACCUGGCGCUGUCUGACACUCUCUACGUGCUGUCCCUGCCCAUGCUCGUCUAUUACUACGGCAACCGGAACGACUGGCCUUUCGGGGUGGCCGCGUGUAAAAUAGUACGCUUCCUCUUCUACACCAAUCUGUACUGCAGCAUCCUCUUCCUCACGUGCAUCAGCGUACACCGCUACCUGGGCAUCUGCCACCCGCUGCGCUCCCGCACCCUGGUAAAGCCGCGACACGCGCACCUGGUGUGCGGCCUGGUGUGGGUUACGGUCACCAUCUGUCUCGUCCCCAACCUCAUUUUUGUGACCACCUCCCAAAGAGACAACGACACCCUCUGUCACGACACCACCAGUCCGGAGGACUUCGACAACUACGUCACCUACAGCUCGGUGGUGAUGGUGCUGCUUUUCGGUGUGCCUUUCCUGGUCAUCAUGGUGUGUUACUGCCUGAUGGCACGCGCUCUCUGUCGGCCACGCCAGGGCUUGCGCCAUAGCCAGCAGGGCGCCUCCACUCGCAAGAAGUCUAUUAAACUCAUAGUGAUCGUGCUUGUGGUGUUUUUCCUCUGUUUCGUCCCCUUCCACGUCACUCGAACCCUCUACUACACCUUUCGGGUGCUGGACGCCGACUGCCGCUUACUCAACAUUGUCAACUUCACUUAUAAAAUCACGCGCCCACUGGCCAGCGCUAACAGCUGCAUCGACCCCAUACUCUACUUUCUGGCGGGAGACCAUUAUCGCUCCAAGUUUAUCAAAGCCUUUAACAGACAGUUCCGAAACGCGCGUUCCGCCGCCUACGUGCAGACGGCUUCUAAUCAGAAGCAGGACUUGGCCGUGGUUUAUCAAAACUCACAUCCCAAAGAUCAAACUGAAUCUGAGAGGGGGUGACAUGUUUACACGUGGACUUUUAUAUGUCUCCGUCUACCGAGUGCACUGGAGAUGACUGUUGUGAAGUAAUACUUCUGAGGAGAAGAAAGAGAAGAUGGUCAAUGCAGAAACCAUUCUUUAAGGCUGGUUCAGCAUCAAUGUAAAGCUUAAGCUGACCAUAGAAGUUUACCACAGUUAAUUACAGCAUUGACCAAAACCUAAACAGUAGAUAGCAUAUGAAAGGAAAGCAGAUGAAAGGGGAUGUACGUUUUCUCCAUACUGCCAGGAUUACUCCAAAGUUUUCUUUCAACUGAUGUCAUUACUAUUAAUGUAGUGCUCUCUGGAGCUCAUCAUGUUGGACACCAUGGAAGCAGAUGGUUUCUCUCUCUUCUCUCUC